AUGUACUAUAGUAAACCUUCCACUGAACCACCGUUUUGGUCUCUUCAAAAAGGGUCUCUCUCUCUGACACUCACUAAAUACAUACACCCUUCCAAUUUUGCAAAUGGAAUUAGAGGAGGGAAGAACCGUGCAAUACCUAUUGGGAUACGAGGGCAAGGACCUUUUCCUCAAAAGAAAGACACAGUAGAGGAUAUGGGGAUCAUUGCUUUACGUUUGGGCCUAGGUAUCACGAAAAGGAUUUUGGAAAUCUCCGAGAACACACUUCAUCAUGGAAUGAUUAUGAGGCUUCUCUUUGUUUUUCUUUCAUCUUUUCCUCCUAGUUUAACCUCGGAUCCUGUAGAAGGACUUCUCCGGAAUGUCCUUCUAUCCAUAAGAGGAGUUGGUGAAAAGGUCCUCUCUAGCAUUCCUAUUCCCAAUUCCAAUGAUUUCAUGAGUGGUCCCAGUGCUGCAUUUUCAAUGGACGACAAGUCUACUUACGCCGUGAAAUCGUUUGGUGAAUUCCUUAACACAUGCCCAGCUUCGCUUCCCGUCCCGUUGUUGAGUGGUUCUUGGCACGUCACUUAUGUGAACAGAAAAUGGAUGCAAACAAUUCUCGCUGAUCUGGACGAGGUCAUCGAUCUUCUAGCGAGUGGACAACGAUUACCCGUUCGUAAAUCUCUGGGAUCGAUUUUCAGCCGUGAUCUGCAGAUAUCGUGUCUAAAGAUGGAAUUCCUGAACGACAAUGCAGCGUCACGUUUUGAGAUCUCUUACCUGAAAAAUGGUAGGAGAAUGUCGUUGAUCGGUGAUGUUCUGAGAGACGUCGAUAAAUCCUUGCAAUUUUCAUUUGGGCCAUCGUUGAAUACAAAAAUGAUAGUCGCCUACUCCACGGAUCAUCCAUCGCCGAGCCCAUUCGACGUACUAGUCAUCAGUCAAAUAGAUUUCUUCCCGAAAUGCGAGAAUCAUCUGGUCCUGCAAAGAACACGAGGCAGUUCGAGAAUCUUAGAGAUUCUCAACGCAAUGGGUGCAAAUUUCCCCUCAAAUCCCCUCGUAGAGAUUUAUUGUGAACAAAUUCCAGAUGCUAAUAAUGCUAUUAUUCAACCAAUGAAUCCACCAAUUAUUAAACCAAAGAGUUCAAAUAUAAUAAAUUGA